AUUUGCGCAUUUGGGCGGGCAAGACUAAGCAGUGCAUCAAGUGAUCGGUUCUGGUCCUCCUUUGACUCAAUUUGCUGUGAUUUUCAGUUGUGCUUAUGUAUAUUUUGUCGACCUGAAUGUUCCCAUUUUGACCUCGCUUCUACUUUGUGAUUUUAGUUUUCGUUUGAUUGGAUCUCACCUCUAUGGAAAGCUAGAUUGUACAUUGUAACAUUUUUCAGCUGUAAUAUGCUUGUGUCCCUGUGGUGGAACCAGCAGCAAUUGAGGACAUAGCGAAACGCAAUAUAAUGGAUAGUUCUCAGGAUGAGCCAAGUCUGCAUCAGAACCAGAGACCACAAAAACAUCAAUUAACUCAUCGGUACCAAAAUGGAGGACAUAUUCAUGGAAUGGAUGAACAACCAGAGGUGAUACCCGGUAACCACAUGUUUAGAGCAGAAUCGAUUCCUAGGCAUGUAAUGGACUCCCCAAGCCUCCAUGCAAGAGCUCAGGCCAGGGGCGAAGGACAAGGAAUUAGGGAGGUUGACAAAAGUUCUGUUGCAGGAGCUGGUCUAGAGCAUUGUGUAAGGAACGUCACUGAUGCAAGUAAUUCUCCAAUGGCGUCUCCAGCAUCAGUGAGGCUACAUGCUAAAAGUCCAAGCAGUGGGCGCUCUUCGACAAGUGCUAACACAGGGUCCAGCAGCGCUAGAGUAAGAUUAGCCGAGGAGAACAGAGCCAGACUUCAAGCACUUAAUCGAGAAAGGUUUCGUUAUAUUUAAAGCGCAAGUUUUUGC